AUGACGGAUCGGCCGGCGACGGGGAUCGAGUCGCUGGUGCUCGAUGCGGCGCCCUUGCUCGUGCAGGCGCGCAUCGCCGGACUGGCGGACAAGUACUAUAUCCCUGCCUCGGUGGUAGCAGAGCUGCGGGAUGCGCGGGCGCGUGACUAUUUGCAUACCCUGCAUACGACGGGUCAGAUCGACCUCGAGGUGCGUGAGCCGGGCGCCGAGGCGCUCAAAAUGGUCAUGGAGUUUGCGAAGCAGACGGGUGACUAUGCUGUGCUGUCGAAGCCUGAUCUGCAUGUGCUGGCGCUCACGUAUGCGCUGGAAGUCGAGGCUCAUGGGACGUGGCGCAUCCGUCAGACGGUCGGUGGCAAGACGGGGCAGCAGCUGCACGAAGAGCGGCGCCUGGAGGAGAAGCGAGUCGCACAGCCGCAGGAGGGGCCGAAAGACGCGAUCCAGCAGCGGGGCCGAACAGAGGCCCAGCACGACGUCCACCAUGGGGGCCACGAGGCCGCAGACGGCUUCACGCUGGUCACGAAACGGGCCCCUCGAUACCACGUCGCGGACGACGAGGAUGACGAGCGCGCUGGAGAAUGGAUCACGCCGGACAAUAUCGUACAGCACAAAAACAAGGCCCUGGGCAUCGUCACCGAGGAAUCGUCCGUCGAGGCGCCGAAAAAGGCGCGUCGUCGUCGUCGCGGCAAGGGCACGCCGGCUCGCAUGAGCGUGGCGUGCAUGACAGGCGACUUUGCCGUGCAAAAUGUACUUUUACAAAUGGGACUCUACCUCGUGAGUGUCGACGGCGCACGCAUCGAGCGGGUCAAGAGCUGGGUCCUCCGAUGCCACGCGUGCUACCGGAUCUGCAAGGACCCCGAGCGCAAGUUCUGCCCGUCGUGCGGCAACGCCGCGCUGUUGCGCACCUCUGUCACGACGACCGCCGGCGGCCACGGCGACGCUGGCACCAUGCAGGUGCAUCUCAAGCCCAACUUCCAGUACCGCAACCGCGGCACGGUGUAUGCCCUGCCGAUGCCCAAGCCUGGCAGUGCGUCGGGCGGCCGACCGAGCGGACAAAGCAAGAACUCGGGCGUGCCGAUUCUACGGGAAGACCAGCUCGAGUGGCAGCGCGCCGUCGCGCGGCAAAAGCAGCAGCGCCAGCGCGAGGAACGCGCGCUGCAGAGGCAGCUCGAAAAGGGGCAAGACUCGCUCACAGCACGCUACGCGGACCCCGACUGGCUGCCUGACCUGCUGAGCGGCACACACUCGCAGCCACUGGGCGAGCUGCCGGCGAUUGGCCUUGGACGCAAGAACCCGAACGAGCGGCGACGAAGGCGUCGGUGA